GGCUCUCACCUCGGUUCGCCAUCCCUGGCUACCAUGGUGGAGCCGGAGCUCUCUGGUGACUUGGGGGGUGCUUUCAUGGCCUCUCCGGUGGCAAACGGAGGCGGGGAGGCGGGAUGUGUGCUCAACGUCGACUCGGCCCCGACCCCUCCCUCUGGGCGCCACGGCUCGGGCGGCUCGGGCAGACCCCCCAAGAAGCCGGCGGGGCGGAAGCCGGCGGCCAAGGCGUGUGCGGCCGCGGCAUCGGAGGAGCUGCGGGGCGACCUGGGUGAGGUGCUGGUGUCGGUGGGAGCGGGCGCGAAGGCGAAGCGCUCCAAGGCGACCCCGGUGCCACAACGCCCCGAGCGCUCGGUCCAAGGCCAAGCUGGGAGAUCUUUCUUCCCUGGAGAGCGCUCAGCUCCGCAUCGCCGACAAGAACCUGGAGGUCUCAGACUUGGGCUCCGUUGGGGAAACCACGUGAUGAGGAGCGUAUGACCCAGACGAUGAAAAAGAUCCGCGACAUCCAGAUGGAAGCUAGACAAGCGGCUGGACCUGAUUGAAGUAUCGCCAUCUUCCUCGGCCCUUUUGUUAAUCCCUAGUAGCUAGUUUCCUCUCCAUUAUGCGAGCCUGCGUGCUGAGGACCUGCCAGCCUGCGUGCUGAUGUUGUCUGAACUAUCUCGCUUUAUCUUUUGGUCGAUAUGUUGGCCUGUCGUUUGACUACCUAUGUGAACUUUGGUGCUGCCUGUUGGCUUUAUUAAUUUAAAGCCGGACGCCUUUGGCGUCUUCGUUCCAAAAAAAAAUUGUAUGAAACCUUCUCAACGCUUACCCAUUUAUUUAUUUACACUGCCAAGUACUCGGUCUCUGCGAAGAAGAAUUCUAUCCAUAAUACCCACAUGCAAGAUUUUCACUAAAACUGUAGCUGAUCUUGCUGGUGACUUCUUUUGUAUAACU